AUGGAGGACAAGUACAUUGGCGUGAUACUCGCCCUGGCAGGCGCAGUAGCAAACGGUUUCGGGUUCAUCAUCAUUAAAAUGGGAUUGACGAACGCGUCCGAGAGAGAUGGGACGUACGCUGCUUCAUCUGACGAUUACGCGUACCUCAAGAACCCGACAUGGUGGGUUGGCACCAUCACCCUCGUGAACUUUGCUGCAUACGCUUUUGCGCCUCCCAUUCUCGUAACGCCGUUAGGAUCCCUCAGCGUUAUCAUCGGCGCCAUCCUCGCUUCAUACCUACUCAAAGAAGAGCUCGGUCAUCUAGGACGUGUCGGAUGUGCACUCUGCCUCCUAGGUGCGCUCACCAUCGUCCUACAUGCACCCGAAGACAAAGAAAUCAACACUGUCGACGAGGUUCUGCGAUAUGCACUCCAACCAGGCUUCAUGACGUACUGCUUCUCUGUCCUCGUUUUCUCCCUCGUCAUGGUCUACGGCGUGGCCCCACGCUACGGUCGGUCCAACCCGCUCAUCUAUAUCUCCAUAUGUUCCCUCGUUGGCUCUGUAUCGAUCAUGGCCAUCAAAGGCUUCGGUAUCGCUGUCAAACUCACCUUCGCGGGCAGCAACCAGUUCAUAUACCCCAGCACGUAUGUUUUUGGAGUGACGGUGAUAGGGUGUAUCGCAGUUCAGAUGAACUAUUUUAAUAAGGCGCUGGAUACGUUCUCUGCUAACGUAGUGAACCCGAUGUACUCUGUCUGCUUCACGACGGCGACCGUCAUCGCCUCCCUUCUUCUUUACCGAGGCUUCAACACCGACGACGUAACCAAUAUCGCCUCGCUCCUCACAGGCUUCGCAGUAACAUUUAUUGGGAUACACGUUCUCGGACUGUCGCAAAAGCCAGGCAAGGGCACGAAACCGUCGCAUGAAGAAUAUGCGCUCGUAGACCAGGAUGCCCGGCAUAGUGAGGGAAGUGGUGUGGAUGACUUGGAGGCGCGUCGAGAUAGCGGAGUAUACACUGGGCAUGGGGGAACGAGUGUGGAUGAGGAGGGUAUGGAGGUGACGAAUAUGGUGGCGCCGGUGAGAAGCUCGAGGGGGUAG